UUCAACGAUCAGAAGAACGUUUCAUUGUGUCCCAAAAGAUUUCUUCUGAAUCCGUUUCGCUGGUCGUCGAGAAUUGCCAAAAGCAAAUAGUACGAUUCAGAAAAAAAUUGUCAAAGUUAUUGACUGCGACUAAAUAGCGUUUACUGUGGUUUACUGUUCAUCAAUUGCCUGUUUGAUGGCAGUACUUUCACCUUCGUGUCAAGUUUCUGAAGCUGCGUUAUGGCAAAUUAGGAUUUCUGUGCUCUUUAAUUAUCUCCAAUAAACACGUUUAUUUUAGUAAUUAGCAUUUGUAUUUUUGUGAACGUGUUCUUUAAAAAUGAUAGUUACGUGCACGUUCGAGAUACUUGCGUUGUGCAUUUAUAUGAUCAUUACGUGAUACUGUAACAAUCGAUAAUUGUUACGUCAAUACAAUUAACUCUGCUCUUGUUUAUGUCAUCAUUAUCAAAGAUUCAUACACCAGGAUGAGUUCUAGCACUCUUACCGCGAGAGCGGAACAAUACUUUUACAGUAUAAAUCCUAUAGCUCAACGGAUUGGCGAUGACAUAACUGCAACAAAGGAAGCUUAUGAAGGGCUGUGGCAUACUCUGAGCACAGCGGAGCGUAAUCAAGCUAUUAAUGAAACUAUAAUUCAGCCUGAAGUAGCCUUGAAAUAUACUUUGAAGAAAGUAGAAUCGACCAAAGAAUUACCUGAAUGGUAUCCAAAGCUACGUAUACAAACUGGAAUGAAAUAUGUUAUAGACGAAACUGGUUCCACAUUACGAUGGCGAGAUGAGCACUCUGCACCAUUUUCAUUUAUGACUCAGUCACAGAUGAAUCUCAGUUCGAUAGAUUCUAAUGAAGAAUUGAAAUCCAAGUCAAUGAGGACCUAUUUUGGAGAAUCGCCACACUUUUCCAGUCCUGUGAAGGCACAGAGAAGUAAUCCUUGUUCAUUGAACAAUAGCUACAGCUCCGCACACCAAGUUGGUUGUUAUCAAUCAGAUUGUUACACCAGUAAUCUUUUUGAGAAUGAUCAGUGCAGCAACUUAUUGACAAGUGGAAUCAACAACGAACACUCCGACAGUAUAUUUGCCAAACUUAUCAAUAAGACUUCCUUGUUGAAGUUACAAAACAAUGUCGAAGAUGAUAUGGAGAGUUUGGUGAGGGAUUCUGAUACAGAUAAAAGUCAAUCGAAUACCAUGGUGGUGAUGUCACGAACAAAAUCGAGCGACAUAAAUGAAUCGACUGCUUUGUUAGAGACACCCAGUUCGUACAGCAGUUUUCAAUCGUCUCAAUUGAAUCAAGAAGAGGAGGAAAGAAGUAUACCAAAGACUGGAUUUGAGUUUCUUGAUAACUGGUAAGUAUGUUCUUUUGUCAAAACGAUACGAUUUUUUCGUAAGAAAUUUUUAUUACAUGAAAAUAUAUUUCCAUAUUAUCCUAGUAAUACACGCCGCUUAUAGAGGCAUAAAUAUACGCGUGUACGUGUGUGCGUGCGUAAAAAAAUAGAAUAUAUAUAUUUAUAAUUAUGAAAAAUGUGAAAUAUUCUUUAUAAGUAUGAUUUUUUAGAAGAUUUUUUAUACCUAUAUUUUAUUACACUUUAAUAUUCGUGCUAUACCAUUUAUAUAACAGAUAACUCAAAUAGUUAAUCUUCUGACUGAAUAAUCCAGAGACUGAAAAGUAUAAUAUCGCCCACAUAAUUUUCUUCCCAUUCGAUCUUAGAUCUUGAUAUAUGUAAUUAUAUUACUCGUCGCUUGGAAGUCGAACAUAGCCAGUUUGAAAUUGUUACCUUCUUUACAGUAUUAUAUUUUAUAGUAUUAAUAUCAUAUAUAAUAUAUAUGCUUAUACGAACAAAUACGCUUACUGUAUUUUGAAAUAAGUGUCUGAUCACUAUAUACAAGCAGUAAUUUAGCUUUAAAAACUUUAUGUAAAUUAUCUUGUCGAUUGUAUAUCAGUAUACACAUAUCAUGAGAACUUUC